UUUCCAGAGCGUUCCACCGUUCCCGGCAACCACCACCGGAACGGUGACAGUGGGGUGGGUCGGGUAAUAAAACCCACAAAAGCUCUGCGGUACGAACGAACGGGAAUCUUAGCUCCGGUCGCCGUGCGCUAUGCAACGCUUUUUGUUUUCCGCUUUCAGCCAUCCAAGGAAAAUCGGCACUAGUCGGUAUCUGUCUGCCACUCUGCUCGUCCUGCGUCUUGCCAAAAAUAACAAAUAAUUACUCAAAAUAUCUCUGAGUGGAGUGGAGUGGGUGGGGAAGCUUUUGGCACGACCGGCGUAAGCGCCACCGCCAGCGUCAGCGUUUGCGUCGACGUAAGCAGCGGCGUCAAAGUGAAUCGGUUUCGCAAUACAUACACAAACAAUAGGCGCUGGGAAGUAGACAGCAACGAAUCCUUGGCGGCUCAGCAUUUCCACCGAAUUCGCGUCGAGGAAAAGCGGAAAAUCGGAAAAUCGGAAACUAGCGGAGAACAGCAAUCAGCGGCCAUUUCGUAUUGAUUUUUAAGUGUGCUAAAGCGCUCCGUCCUCCAAAGCGGCGCCGAUAACAUGGAUAAGAUGACGGUGGCCCAAAAGAACGCAUAUCUUGAGGCGCACAUGGCCGUGCAACAGCAGAUGGCACAGGCGGCGAUACAGUUCAAGCAGCAACAAAACUCCCAGCAACAGGGCUCUCCCACGACCAACAACAACAAUAACAACCAGAACAACGGCAACAUGCAACAGCAGCAGCAGCAACAGCAGCAGCAACAACAGCAGCAGCAACAGCAACACUAUGCUGCCACAAUCAAGGUGCCGCAAAUCAGUUCCUCGAGUGCAGCAGCAGCGGCGGCGGGCGGUGGAGGGGGUGAGAGUACCUUCACCGUCCCGGACGACGGCAUGGGCUUCGAGGGCGGGGUGAGGGUGCUGCAAAGCCUGGGCACCUGGUCGGCCGCCGAGCAGUUAACCUACAACAUACCCAAGCCAAACCUCAUACCCUUUACAGAGCCGUACGUCGAGGGGGGCUCCAUGCAUCCCGCCAGCCGGCUCAAGGCGCUGCAACAGGUGCAGCAGGCAUCCUCGGGGGUGCGCAAAACAAAUCCCUCAAAGUCCACCAACAAGGCAUUUGAAUGCACAGUUUGCGGCAAGGGCCUAGCCCGCAAGGACAAACUCACCAUCCACAUGCGUAUCCACACUGGCGAGAAGCCCUAUAUUUGUGAAGUGUGCAACAAGGCCUUCGCCCGUCGGGACAAACUAGUGAUCCAUAUGAACAAAUUCAAGCACGUGACCCCCACGAACAUUGCACCGCUUGGCAAGCGACUCAACAACAUGGUGAAGAAAAAGGAGCAACCUGACCCGCCGCCGGAGGACAACAAGCAGAGCUUGGAGCUGCAGCUGCAGCAACAGGCGGUUCAGGUGGCCGCCCAGAACAUAAUUGUGCAAUCGGCUCAAGGGGCGCCGGCGGCGAUUCCCGGUAUCAUUAUUCCACACCACCAGCAGCAGUUGUCCUGGACGUGCGAGCUGUGUGGCAGGAUGUUCUCGAGCCGGGACGAGUGGUCCAUUCAUGCCAAGAGUCAUCUGGAGUCGGAACGGGUAGUCGUAGAGUCAACAAAACCAGCAGUAGCAGCAGUGGCAGCGGCAGGAGUCAUUGCCAAGGCCGGCAGCAACAAUAAUCGCAGUUAUCAGAUAGAUGCCAACCAGAACCAGAUCCAAAUGGAGGCCCAAGCACGCAAACAAAAAAUAAUCAUACAAAAUCAAAUGAUACUCAAUGCCAGCCACCAGCAGCAACAGCAACAGCAGCAACAGCAACAGCAGCAGCAACAACAGCAACACUCCCAACCGCAACAUCAGCAUCAACAGCAGCAACAUGUGGCCCAUGGCAAAAAGGCGGCCAGAAAGCACCUGCAGCAUCUGCAACAGCAACAGCAACCCAGUGCGCCUAUGUACAAUAACAAUAGUAGUAGCAACAGCAACCACAACAACAACCAACAGGGCCAAGAAGUGUCGGCGGUACCGGUGUCGCACAUCAUUGCCAACUCGCCGACAGCGGCCACAUACAUGCAGGCGCAACUGACCGAGCAGGCCAGCAGCAUGCAACAUGCAACAGCGACCGCAACAGCAGCGACUGCAGCCACGGGUGUGCCGAUCGUCACCUACAACGGGAAUCAGUACUGCGUGAUCACCAGGGCUUCGGAUCUUGAUGUGGAGGCAAUGCAGAAGCCGCUGGAAUAUGGCCAGGCUGGAGGUGCCACGCCCACCAACAUAAUUGUAAUGUCGCCAAUGCAACUACAACUGCCCCCACAGCAGCAGCAACAACAGCAGCAGCAGCAACAGUAAGCCAAGAUAAAGAGAAAGGCCGGGUCAACAGCCUCGCUCUCAGCUAUAAAUACAAAUUGUAAAUAAAGUCUUAAGCAGCCCAAGAGCAAACCUAAGUAUAUGUUUAAAAAAACAAAAAAAAAAAAACC